AGAAUGGGUUGAGUGCAGAAUUCCCAAAGAAUAUACAGAAAGCUCUGUGCAAUGUACAGAUAUAGGCUACAGGAUGAAGGUUAAUGCACAGUGUAGAGACUAGGGAUAAGGGGGGGGGGGGGCUAGGAGAAAGGGAGGAGAAAGGGAGGAGAAAGAGGGAGGAGUGUUCAUGGAUCUGACGCAGUGUGAGCGGCCGCCUCACAUCCACUCCCCGCUCCCAGGAAGACACAGAGCGGCUCGGAAAGCCCCCAGAAUCACAGCGCUACACCCGGGGAGAGACCUCCAGAGACCCGGGGAGAGACCUCCAGAGACCCGGGGAGAGACCUGCAGAUACCCGGGGAGAGAGCUCCUAAAACCCGGGGGGAGAGCUCCAGAGGACGGCGCGUUGUUGUUGUGAUGAGGCCGCCGCAGAAGGACUCUGGUCUGGGAUUAAACCCGGAUGUGUAGCCGCCUGGCUGGGUCUCUUUGUGCACCGAGUGUCGCAGGAGAAGAGGAUGCCUCCGCGGCCGCGCUCACUGCUCCUGCUGCCGCCCGAAAGCUGCCUCGGCCCCCCCCAGGAAGUCUCUUUUGUCUCCGUUGUGGCGGAGGCUCGGCUGCGGAUUUGUGAAGCACUCUGUGCACCAUGCUGCCAUGAAAACUCUCCAUGAUAACAAACAGCAGGAGGAGGCGGCGGCGCUGGAGGGGGGUGCUGAACCUGGGCAACAACGCCCUGCAGACGCUGCCCGACGUGCUGGGCUCCAGCCUCAACAACCUGCGCAUCCUGGUGCUGCGCCGCAACAAGUUCACCGCCGUCCCCCGCGGCGUCUUCCAGCUGGGACAGCUGCUGGAGCUGGACAUGAGCCACAACUGCCUCCGGAGCGUCGCCGAAGGCGUGGGGCAGCUGAAGAUGCUGAAGAAGCUGAGCGUCAGCCACAACCGGAUCCAGUCUCUUCCGGCUCAGAUCGGAGCGCUGCAGUCCCUGGAGGAACUGGACGUGAGCUUCAACGACCUGCGAGACUUCCCCCGCUCGUUCUGCGGCCUCGCCAAGCUGCGGACGCUGGACGCCGACCACAACAAGCUCAACGCCUUCCCCCCCGAGAUCCUGGCGCUCGGCGAUCUGGAGGAACUCGACUGCUCCGGGAACAAGUUCGAGACGCUGCCGCCGGACAUCGUGAAGCUGCGCAGCCUCAAGAUCCUGUGGCUCAGCAGCCUGCACAUGUCCACGCUGCCGGACGCCUUCUGUCUCCUGACGCAGCUGGAGAGCCUCAUGCUGGAUGGGAACGAGCUCGCCGCGCUGCCCGCCGCCUUCACGCAGCUCCAGAGACUCAAGAUGCUCAAUCUGUCCUCCAACGAGUUUGAAAUCUUCCCCGAGGCUAUUCUCGGCAUCGGGGGGUUGGAGGAGAUUUACCUCAGCAGGAAUAAGCUGACUCACGUCCCAGAGGAGGUGGGGAAGCUGCGGAAGCUCGCCAACCUCUGGCUGGACAACAACCGCAUCACCUAUCUGCCCGACGCCAUCGUGCAGCUGGACAGGUUGGAGGAACUCGUCCUGCAGGGGAACCAAAUCGCCAUUCUCCCGGAUAACUUUGGGAAGCUGUGCCGGGUGAGCAUCUGGAAGGUGAAGGACAACCCUCUGAUCCAGCCGCCCUACGAGGUGUGCAUGAAGGGCAUCCCGUACAUCGCCGCGUACCAGAAGGAGCUGGCGCACUCGCAGCUCGCCGUCAAACCGCGCCUCAAACUGGUCCUGAUGGGGACGCAGAACUCCGGGAAGACCCGGCUCCGGCAGAGUCUGGUGGGCGCUCAGCAAGACGUGAAAGACUCGCCGGGAAGCGACGGAAUUGAAGUGACGGACUGGGUGGCGGACGCAGAUCGCCGCCUCACGUUCCUCGUGUACGAUUUGUCCGGGAAACAAGACUAUGAGCUUAUCCAACCGUUCUUCCUCUCCCCCGGCGCUCUCUACGUGCUCGUCAUCAAUCUGAAGGCGUACGCGCCCGGGAGGUUCUACGCCCACGUCGGGUAUUUCCUCCACCUGCUGGGCGCCAGGGUCCCCGGCGCGGUGGUGUGCGUGGUGGGAACGCACGCCGACCUGUGCAGCCCGGCGGAGGUGGAGGAGAAGAGUCUGGACAUCCACCGGCGGAUCGGCCUGCAGGAGCGCAGCGACGUGCAGACGCUGGCGAGCGAGGCGCUGCAGGUGGAGCGGGCGCUGCAGCAGGGGUACGGCGGGCGCUCCUCCAGCCCGCACCAGCUCUUCUACGGAGUCUCGGACCCAAACCUGCGGCGCAGGAAGUCCCAGCUGCAGUUCCUGCUGAACCAGCGGCUGCAGAUCCUGUCGCCGGUGCUGUGUGUCAGCUGCAGCCGCGGCCAGACGGGCGUCCAGCGUCUCAGGGACAAGCUGACGGCGGUCGCCGACCACCGGGACAUCUUCCCAAACCUGCACCGCGUGCUGCCCCGGUCCUGGCAGGUGUUAGAGGAGCUGCACGCCAACCCGGCGGGGGGGGGGGCCUGGCUGUCGUGGUGGGACUCGGCCCGGCUGGGCCUGCAGGCGGGGCUCACCGAGGACCGGCUCCACGCCGCCCUGUCCUACCUGCACCAGACCGGCACGCUGCUCUACUUCGAGGACAGCCCCACGCUGAGGGAGUACGUCUUCCACAACCUGCCGCGCUUCAUCGCCGUCCUCAACGUCUUCUUCCAGAGGGACGCGUCCACGCUGGUGCGCCGCCUGCUGGCCGAGGAUUGUUUCUGUCUCAAAACGACGUUUGAAGACGGAAUCGUAGCCGUGGUGACGCAGCCCCUGAUCUGGUGCUUGUCCGUGCAGGAGAUGCAGGUGGAGGAGCUCGGCGCCGUCAGACAGACGCUGCAGGCCGACCUGGAGACGUCCAUCCGCCGCAUCGUGGACCUGCAGGCCGCGCUGGAGGAGGUGGAGUCCAGCGACGACAGCGACGGUGAAAGUGACUCGGUGUCCAGUGUCGGGACAGAGGACGUAGGAGAGGGGAUUCGUCAUUGGCUCGGCGUGCCCAGAGGAGCGUCCCGUGGGAGUGGCUCCCCCUACGGCAGCAGUACCAUCAGCAGCCAAGGGGGGCGCCAGUCUGUCGCUGACACCAUGAGCACCUACAGCUUCCGACACAGUUUGUAG